AUGGCUCACCUCUACAACGGUGACGAUAACGAUGCCAUCAGCUUCCCCGACCCCGUCGACCUUUCCCACCACCUCUCGCGCAGCACUCGCGCUCGCCAAGCAUCCGCCAUCAAGGGCUUCUACAAAUACUUCGCCAUUCCCGGUAUCUCGCAAAUAGCAGGCGGCACCCCCAAUCCGUCCUAUUUUCCCUACGAUACCCUGGAAGCCAACGUCGCACUGCCGAAUCGCUUCAAACCCACACCGAACAAACCCCUCGAUCCUCCCGCCGAUGACCCUCCAAACUCCGCUCGCGACCAUGCUCCUCCUUCCACGCGCCUGGUUGUGCCCCACGACUCGGGCAUCGCCAAUCCUCUCCGCACAAUCGACUUGAAGACUGCCCUACAAUAUGGCACUGCCCAAGGCUACCCGUCCUUGUACUCUUUCAUACGCCAGUUCACCCGCCAGAACCUGCACCCAUUCGUACCCUACAAAGGCGGUCCCGAGGUCAUUUUGACCUGUGGCGCCACCGAUGGUUUCAGCAAGACAAUCGAGGCCCUGUCCGAGAAGUGGGACGAAGGCCAUGAUCCCAUUGAAGAACGCCAGGGACUUUUGGUCGAACGCUACACAUAUAUGAACGCUAUCCAGGCCGUCGCCCCGAGAGGUGUUUCCAUCGUCCCUGUCGAAAUAGACGACGUUGGAAUGUGCGCAAAGGGCCCGGGAGGACUUGAAGAUGUGCUAGAGAAUUGGGACUACUCAAAUGGCCGUCGUCCACAUCUCAUGUAUACAAUCACCAUUGGUCAGAACCCAACGAGCGGUACACUCAGUGUCGCACGACGGACAGAGCUGUAUGCCGUUUGUGUCAAGUACGACAUCAUCAUUGUCGAGGAUGAUCCGUAUUGGUACCUUCAAUUCCCGUCCAACUCACCUAGUGCUGCUGCUACCCCCAAGCCCACCAAAUCGUCCGGCUUCGAGUUCUUAGACUCCCUUAUCCCGUCCUACCUCUCCGUCGAUUACCAAGGCCGCGUCAUCCGUCUCGAUACCUUCUCCAAGACCGUAGCCCCGGGCUGCCGUUUGGGCUGGCUCACUGCGCAGCCAGCUCUGAUCGAACGCAUCCUCCGGUUGACGGAGACAAGCACUCAACAACCCUCUGGCUUCGUGCAGUCUAUGGUUGCAGAGCUCGUCAUGGGCCCACAAAGCGCCACCGACCCUGGCAAAGGCGGCGCCGCCGACGGAAGCGGCUGGAAAGUCGAUGGUUGGGUGCGUUGGCUUGAAGGCCUGCGUGGCAACUACGAGCGCAGAAUGACAGUCAUGUGCGAUACCUUGGCUCAGCACAAGCACCUUGUGAAAGCCGGACGUCGCAUGUCCAUGUCGGAAGUCGCGGAUGACGAAGACGAGUGGGCCAUUGUCGAAAAGACCAAAAUCUACGACUUUGCUCGUCCCUUGGGGGGCAUGUUUGUAUGGGUCCGCUUCGACUUCUCAUCCCACCCGCUUCGCAAGCAGGUGCCUGCUGCCCGUCUGUCCAAGGCCCUUUGGGUAUUCUGGACGACGAAACCAUAUCUUUGCCUCGUCACUCCUGGGAGCAUGUUUGCGCCUACGCAGGAAAUCAGGGAUUCCGACUCGUUCAAUUGCUUCAGGCUUUGUUUCGCGGCUGUUGAAGAGGAGGAAAUUCAGGACAUCUCCGAGAGAUUUGGGAAAGGCGCGCAGGAUUUCUGGAAAAUCAGGAAGCAGAGCACGAUUGACAAGCUGUUGGAGGAUGAAGACCCUUCAUCAUUGCAGCAGGGCGGUGAUUCUGGGCUUGCGAUGAUGAUGGGCAUGUGUUGA